AUCUCAUAGAUAUUAUAACCUACAACAAACAACCACUGUCGCAUGAUUUUCAAACACUGCAGAGCAACAUCUCCUGUCCAUUAGGCUACUCCCUGGACUACAGCCCAUCUGUUUGGAGGUAAGAUGACUUCUCAAAGUGCGAAGACGUUGCUCACACUGGAUGCUGAAGCAGUCGCCUCACUCAAAGAGGGAAUCAAUUUCAAGAAAAGCCAAGAGGACGGGAAAUGUUACAUCAUAUACAAGAACAACGACGGCCUUAGAGCAUGCAAGAACCAAUGCAAACACCAAGGAGGGUUAUUCAUCAAAGACAUCGAAGACCUGGAUGGCAGGACUGUUAAAUGCACCAAACACAACUGGAAGUUGAAUGUGUCAUCAAUGAAAUAUGUAAAUCCACCAGACAGUUUCUUUCAGGACGAGCUUGAUGUGGACAUUUUGGAUGAUGGGGGGCUUCAGCUGGUUGAAUUGAGCCCCAUGGACCCCUGGCUGGCUGACCUGCGAGAGCCUCAGGAGCUUCAGGAAGGAGAAGUGAAGGUGACAUACAUGACCCACGCCUGCAUGGAGGUGCAGCUGGGCCAGAAGCGGUUCAUGUUCGACCCAUGGUUGAUAGGUCCUGCAUUCGCCCGAGGUUGGUGGCUUGUCCAUGAGCCUCCAACAGACUGCCUGGACCGGAUGUGUACAGCUGAUUUCAUCUACAUCAGCCACAUGCACUCGGACCACCUUAGGUAA